UGUAGUGAGGUGGAUGUGCUUCUUGGGCGUGAAAAUGUAGUCGAUUUGGUUGUAGAUUGGUACAACAUUGCCGGUGUUUUUGUCGAGCCUUUGACCCUGCCAUGUCGUGAUGUGGCUUGCUUUGUGGCCGAACCUGGUGUUAGUCGCUAUGAGGUCAUGCGAUUCGGCGAACUCGACGAGAGCUUGCCCGUUUGGGUUGCCAGAAAAACAGUCUGUAAUGGUUUCUUUUAUCAAUUACGAUAUUUGAAAACUGGUAUAUCAUCCAAUUCCAUCGAUAUUAAUUCUUAUAGAGCGAUGAUCGAUUUGCUUCUUUUUUCUAUACAAUGUUUACAAUACAUUUCCAAAGAUGAGAAGUGGACUGAGUCGUGUUUUGUCGAUGUACUGCAGAUGAUAUCAUCGAAGGAACUAGUAGCCAUUGAUAAUCUAUUUAUUCAAGCAACCCAGACAGAAAUAUUGAAAAUUAUUUUGGACGAAUAUGGUUUAAAAACUAUAUCAUUGGCCGAAUCUUCAAAUCGUAUGUUUAAGGAUGCUCUAAAUGGUUUAAUAAAAAAACAUCGAAUCGAUGAUAUCGUAUUCAUUUAUCAACACAGUAAAAUUGUGAAAUUUCUUUUUAAUACGCCAACUAAUAUUCAAAAGAUUAUUCGUCUAAUGCUUGCAAGUCGAACGGUAAGGCAAUUAUUUGAUAUGCUCAUGGACGAAAAAUCAUUGGAAGUUUGGUUAACAAGUAAGAUAAAAGAUUUGAUAAUUUUUUGUUAA